AUGUCCAGGCCGAGUAGCGUCUCCCCGCGGCCCCCAGCUCCUGGCGGGGGCGGCGGGGGUGGGGGCAGCGGCGCAGGGGGCGGCCAAGCACAGUGUGGCCCCGGGGGCGGAGGCCGGGCCAAGGGGCUGAAGGACAUUCGUAUUGACGAGGAGGUGAAGAUAGCAGUCAAUAUCGCCUUGGAGAGGUUCCGAUAUGGGGACCAGAGAGAAAUGGAAUUUCCUUCUUCUUUGACCAGUACUGAAAGAGCCUUUAUUCAUCGUUUAAGUCAGUCUCUUGGUUUGGUCUCUAAAAGCAAAGGAAAGGGAGCAAAUAGAUACCUAACCGUGAAGAAGAAAGAUGGAUCAGAAACAGCUCAUGCAAUUAUGACCUGUAAUUUGACUCAUAAUACAAAACAUGCUAUAAGGAGCCUAAUUCAGAGAUUUCCUGUCACCAAUAAAGAACGCACUGAACUUUUGCCUAAAACAGAAAGAGGAAAUGUAUUUGCAGUUGAAGCUGAAAAUCGAGAAAUGAGCAAGACCAGUGGGCGACUCAACAAUGGUAUACCUCAGGUUCCAGUGAAAAGAGGAGAAUCGGAAUUUGAUUCUUUUAGACAAUCUCUUCCAGUGUUUGAGAAACAAGAAGAAAUUGUGAAAAUAAUUAAAGAAAAUAAAGUCGUUUUGAUUGUGGGAGAAACCGGGUCUGGAAAGACUACCCAGAUUCCUCAAUUCCUUUUAGAUGAUUGCUUCAAAAAUGGCAUCCCCUGCCGUAUAUUUUGUACUCAACCAAGACGAUUAGCAGCGAUUGCUGUGGCUGAAAGAGUUGCUGCAGAGAGGAGAGAAAGGAUUGGUCAGACAAUUGGGUAUCAAAUUCGAUUAGAGAGCAGAGUUUCUCCAAAGACACUUCUGACAUUUUGCACUAAUGGAGUAUUGCUUCGCACAUUGAUGGCAGGAGAUAGUACCUUGUCAACUGUGACACAUGUUAUUGUGGAUGAAGUACAUGAAAGGGAUCGAUUUAGUGAUUUUUUACUUACAAAGCUAAGAGAUUUGUUGCAAAAGCACCCAACUUUGAAACUAAUUCUUUCCAGUGCUGCAUUGGAUGUGAAUCUCUUUAUAAGAUAUUUUGGAAGUUGUCCAGUGAUAUAUAUACAGGGAAGACCAUUUGAAGUAAAAGAAAUGUUUUUGGAAGACAUUUUAAGAACUACUGGGUAUACAAAUAAAGAAAUGUUAAAGUACAAAAAGGAAAAGCAACGAGAAGAGAAGCAACAAACUACUCUGACAGAAUGGUACUCAGCUCAAGAGAAUACUUUCAAACCUGAGUCUCAGAGGCAGAGAACUGUACCAAAUGUGACUGAAGAGUGUGACUUAUUGGAUGAUGGUGGUGAUGCUGUCUUUAGUCAGUUGACAGAAAAAGAUGUGAAUUGCCUGGAACCUUGGUUAAUAAAGGAAAUGGAUGCUUGUCUUUCUGACAUAUGGCUGCAUAAAGAUGUUGAUGCAUUUGCUCAAGUCUUCCAUCUUAUUUUAACUGAAAAUAUCAGUGUUGAUUACAGACACAGUGAAACCAGUGCAACAGCUCUGAUGGUUGCUGCAGGACGAGGUUUUACAAGUCAAGUAGAACAGUUAAUUAGUAUGGGAGCCAAUGUCCAUAGUAAAGCAUCAAAUGGCUGGAUGGCCUUAGAUUGGGCUAAACACUUUGGGCAAACUGAAAUUGUUGAUCUUCUAGAAUCUUACAGUGCUUCAUUGGAAUUUGGAAAUCUUGAUGAAAGUUCUCUGGUUCAGACAAAUGGCGGUGACCUCAGUACAGAAGACAGAGAGCUUCUGAAAGCAUAUCAUCAUAGUUUUGAUGAUGAAAAAGUGGAUUUGGAUUUGAUCAUGCAUCUUCUGUACAAUAUCUGCCAUAGUUGUGAUGCUGGUGCAAUAUUAAUUUUCCUACCUGGAUAUGAUGAAAUUGUUGGAUUGAGGGAUCGUAUCCUGUUUGAUGACAAGCGUUUUGCUGACAAUGCGCACAGAUAUCAAGUCUUCAUGCUUCACUCAAAUAUGCAAACAUCUGAUCAAAAGAAAGUAUUAAAAAAUCCACCUGCAGGUGUUCGAAAAAUAAUCCUUUCCACCAAUAUUGCUGAAACCAGCAUUACUGUCAAUGAUGUUGUUUUCGUUAUUGAUUCUGGUAAGGUGAAGGAGAAGUCCUUUGAUGCACUGAAUAUUGUUACAAUGUUAAAAAUGGUGUGGAUUUCCAAAGCCAGUGCUAUACAACGAAAAGGCAGGGCGGGCCGAUGCAGACCUGGAAUCUGUUUCCGUUUGUUUAGUAGACUUCGAUUCCAGAACAUGCUGGAAUUUCAGACUCCAGAACUUUUGAGAAUGCCAUUACAGGAACUUUGUUUACAUACUAAGCUGUUAGCACCAAUAAAUUGUUCCAUUGCUGAUUUCCUUAUGAAAGCCCCUGAACCUCCACCAGCUUUAAUUGUUAGAAAUGCUGUACAGAUGCUUAAGACCAUAGAUGCAAUGGAUGCAUGGGAAGAUCUCACUGAACUUGGAUAUCAUUUGGCUGAUUUGCCAGUAGAACCACAUCUUGGUAAAAUGGUCUUAUGUGCUGUUGUUUUAAAGUGUCUGGACCCCAUCCUUACUAUUGCUUGCACAUUAGCCUAUCGAGAUCCAUUUGUUCUGCCAACUCAGGCCUCUCAAAAACGGGCAGCUAUGCUUUGUAGGAAGCGUUUUACUGCAGGAACUUUCAGUGAUCAUAUGGCACUUCUAAGGGCAUUCCAGGCAUGGCAGAAAGCCAGAAGUGAUGGGUGGGAAAGAGCCUUUUGUGAAAAGAAUUUUCUUUCGCAAGCUACUAUGGAAAUAAUCAUAGGAAUGCGAACCCAGUUGCUUGGUCAACUUAGAGCAUCAGGUUUUGUUAGAGCACGAGGUGGUGGUGACAUUCGAGAUGUUAACACAAAUUCUGAGAACUGGGCUGUUGUUAAGGCUGCAUUGGUGGCAGGCAUGUAUCCUAAUUUAGUCCAUGUGGAUCGAGAGAAUGUAGUAUUGACAGGGUCAAAGGAGAAAAAAGUAAGGUUUCAUCCCACAUCAGUUCUCAGUCAGCCUCAGUAUAAAAAGAUUCCUCCAGCGAAUGGUCAAGCUGCAGCAAUUCAGGCACUGCCCACAGAUUGGCUUAUUUAUGAUGAAAUGACCAGAGCCCAUAGGAUAGCUAAUAUUAGAUGCUGUUCAGCAGUGACACCUGUCACUGUAUUGGUGUUCUGUGGACCAGCUAGGUUGGCAAGUAAUGCUCUUCAGGAACCUUCAUCCUUUAGAGCUGAUGGUAUUCCUAAUGACAGUAGUGAUAGUGAAAUGGAGGAUAGAACUACUGCUAAUUUGGCAACUUUGAAGCUAGAUGAGUGGCUUAAUUUCAGAUUGGAGCCUGAGGCAGCCAGUUUACUGCUGCAGCUCAGACAGAAGUGGCAUAGCUUAUUUUUGCGUCGAAUGAGAGCUCCAUCUAAGCCUUGGUCUCAAGUUGAUGAAGCUACAAUAAGAGCAAUAAUUGCUGUUUUAAGCACUGAAGAACAGUCUGCAGGUUUACAGCAGCCAUCCGGAAUUGGCCAAAGGCCAAGACCUAUGUCUUCAGAAGAACUUCCUUUGGCGUCAUCAUGGAGGUCUAAUAAUAGUAGGAAAAGUUCAGCAGACAUGGAAUUUUCUGAUGAAUCUACUACAGCUGAAAGAAUAUUGAUGAAGUCUCCAUCUCCAGCAUUACAUCCACCUCAGAAGUAUAAAGAUAGAGGAAUAUUGCAUCCUAAACGAAACACUGAUGACCGAUCAGAUCAAUCUUCUGUGAAAUCUACAGACAGCGGUAGCUAUCCAAGUCCAUGUGCCAGUCCUUCACCUCCAUCCUCGGGAAAGGGCUCAAAAUCUCCUUCACCAAGACCAAACAUGCCUAUUCGAUACUUCAUAAUGAAGAGUAGCAAUUUGAGAAACCUUGAGAUUUCUCAACAGAAAGGUAUCUGGUCUACAACCCCUAGUAAUGAGCGGAAGCUAAAUCGAGCCUUUUGGGAAAGCAGCAUGGUUUACUUGGUAUUUUCUGUUCAAGGAUCUGGACAUUUCCAGGGAUAUUCUAGAAUGUCUUCUGAGAUAGGAAGGGAGAAGAGUCAGGAUUGGGGUUCAGCUGGACUAGGAGGAGUAUUUAAAGUGGAAUGGAUACGAAAAGAAAGUCUUCCCUUCCAGCUUGCACACCACUUGCUCAAUCCUUGGAAUGACAACAAGAAAGUCCAGAUAAGCAGAGAUGGACAGGAACUAGAACCUCAGGUUGGUGAGCAGUUGCUGCAGUUGUGGGAACGCCUUCCACUGGGAGAAAAAACUACAACUGAUUGACACUCAG